AUGAAGAUGAUUGGAAUUGGUCUCACCACACUGGGCUUGGUUCUCAGCACAACGUUUGCAACGGCACAGAAUAUGUCGUUUGGUGCCAACAACUUCUACCGCAGCGACAAUGUAACGAUUCAGCCUGUUACAUUCCAGAACCAAUACGAGAUUACUGUGGCGGGAAAUCUCUUCAUUCACAACCACUUCAACCGCAGUAUGCACUUGCCAGCCAUUAUCGUCGGCCAUCCCAUGGGUGCCGUGAAGGAACAAAGCGCCAACCUAUACGCCACCAAGUUAGCCGAGCAAGGCUUUGUAACAGUCUCGAUCGAUCACAGUUUUUGGGGAGGCAGCGAGGGCAAGCCACGCAAUGCUGUGUCACCCGAACUGUACGCCGAAGCAUUCAGCGCGGCGGUUGACUAUCUUGGCACCAAAGCAUUUGUCGACCGUGAGCGAAUUGGUGCCAUCGGCAUCUGCGGCAGUGGCUCUUUUGUGAUCAGCGCGGCUAAGAUCGACCCGCGUAUUAAAGCUAUCGCGACAUCCAGCAUGUACGAUAUGGGCGCUGUCAACCGUGAUGGGCUAGAGAAUUCCCAGAGCGUCGAGGCGCGUAAGGAGGUUAUCGCUCAGGCGGCGCGGCAACGCUGGAUAGAGAUUAAGGGCGGUGGGAUCAAGUACACCGGGGGUACCCCGAACGAGCUCACCCCGGACACUCCUGCUGUUGGCCGGGAGUUCUUUGACUUCUACCGUACCCGCCGUGGCGAGUUCACGCCCAAGGGAACUACGGCUAACUUGACGACUCACCCAACACUCUCGUCUAACACCAAGUUCAUGAACUUUUACCCCUUCAACGAUAUUGAAACGAUUUCACCGCGUCCUUUGCUUUUCAUCUCGGGAGACCAGGCCCAUUCGCGCGAGUUCAGUGAGGACGCAUACGAGCGAGCCGCCGAGCCUAAGGAGCUGGUUUGGAUUCCUGGAGCCGGUCACGUCGAUCUCUACGAUCGUGUAGAUCUCAUUCCAUUCAACACCCUCACUCAAUUCUUCCGGACGAACUUGGGUGAGAACAAGGCCCGUCGUACCUAG